AUGUCGCGGCACCCUGUGGAUGUGCCGCGGCGGUCUGAUACGGUGACGCCGCGGCAGCGCAAGACGCCGUCGUUGCGUGUGCAGACACAGCUGCGUAGUCACUCCCAUGAUACCGAGAAUACGGCAUGGCGGCCGAUGAGGAGUGGCACCAGGAGUCCUCGUAGUCCGAGUCGAUUACGAUCCGCCGCGCACGCAGCUCAGUCGCUGGUCAGUGUCAUGGCGCGGUCGAUGUCACCGACAGUGGCGUCGACGCUCAUUGACGUGCCCACGACCAUGUCGCCCGUGUCGAUGGAGCCGGAGGAGAUGCCGCAUGAGCACACGAUUUCCAUGGACGUGGCAGAGCCGAUCGUCGCGCCGCAGGCGCGUCACGGCGCCGUCUACCUCCGGCCGCGCAGUAGGCAGUCGCGCCGCAUCCGGCGGCGCUCUGCAUGGGCGCACGUCCAAGCUAUCGCACGGCUUGUGGGUCAUCCGCGCGAGUGCCUCGUGCUGGCCUUCCAGUAUGUCUGCGCCCAAUACACAUACUGGGAUCAUGCCUUCCGCGAUCCCGUCACAGACCAGCGCACCUGGUGGCCACCGUGGAUGCAGUCGUACGCGCCGCUGCUCGUGUGGGUCGUGAUCAGCCUGUCCAGCACGGUCCUGGUCAUGCUCUUCCACACACCGCUCUUCCACGCGCUCGAUCACAUGUCGACGCUCCUUCGAGAUCAGGGGCUGCUGGGCCGCAUCCUGUUCGGCGCGCUCAUCUUUGCGCUCACCUUCCCGCCCAUGCCCCUCUACUCGACCAUGAUCGUCCUCUCGGGCUUUGCCUUUGGCAUGUGGCAGGGCUUUGUCGUGAGCUAUGUGGCCGCUCUCUCAGGCGCCGCUGCCGUAUUUCUCCUAAGCCGCACGUACCUUCACACUUGGAUGAUGCGCGUGCUGGCGCAUGCCGGCGGACUGCAGCGCGUGGUGCAUGCGAUCGAGCUGCGACCGCAGCUGCUCUUUCUCGUGCGACUGGCGCCGUACCCCUACAAUCUUUUGAAUAUGCUCCUGGCGAGCUCGCAUAUCCUCACAUUUCGCACCUACCUAUCAUGCACGGCCCUGGCCCUCCCCAAGCUGCUGGUGCACACGAGCAUCGGUGCCUCGAUUGAAAACUGGACCACCAACCGCGCAUCGAACGACGCCUAUACCGUGCGGCACAUGGCCGGCCUCUGCGGCAUGGUGCUGUGUGUCGGCAUUUUCAUCUACCUACACCAUGUGACCAGCCGCGCCGUCAACGACAGUCUCGAGCACGGCAGUGGCGAAGAGUAUGACAUGGAGGACGACGUGGAGCCCAAGUCGCCCGGCACACCUGAACACUGCGAUACCACGACAUCCCACGCUCCUUCCUGGCUCGCAGAGUCGAUCGAAGAGUUUGAACGAGCCGUAGAAUAA